UGUGUAUAAAUGGGAGAUCACCCGCAAGAGUUAUAACAGUCCUCAACAAAUUGAAGAUCACAGUCAGUCCUCAACACUUAAGAAAAAUAUAUAUAAACAACAAAAUGGAGCAAUUUGUCAUAUGCCCGUUUGACAGAAGCCAUAGGCUUCUUGAGAGCCGAUUGAAGCGCCAUAUUUUUAAUUGUCAUCGUGAGGCCUGGGAGCGGGAGAGAUGUCUUCGUGAGGCUGCUUCCAGAGCAUCCCAUACGCCACCAUCACCACCACCACGAGCACCACCACCACCGCCAAUAAUAGAAUGCCCAGACAACUGGGAUAAUGAAAUUAGUCAAACGUACGUCCCCUCCAUGAGUAGGGAGCUGCUUCUGGACAGAACGGCAAUCAAUAAUUAUAAGUCAGUUUUUAGAAGAAAAUAAUAAAAUAAUUAUAGUAA